AUGAAUCGGGGUGCCGUUCUAGUGCAGUUUAAGGUAACACUUGAAACAAUCAAAAGUGUAUGAGCCAUGGUCGUGCAGAGAAUAUCCACGUGUCCGUCCUGAAACCCUAACUCGCUUCCCUACUCCACUAUCCUCAUGACCUUGGGCCUUUCGUACAGAAAGAAGCCUUCGAGUGCGAAGAAGCGAACAAAAGAAGGAUGAGUUGGUGCGAGAAGCAAAUCGAAAUCGGAAUCGAGAUGGAGGAGGGCGAGCCGCUCGGCGCCACGCCCAACGACAAACUCGUCAUCACCAAGAUCCAGGCGGGCACGAUUUCCGAGGGCAAACUCAGAGUGGGUCACAAAGUUCGGCGUCUUCUUCACGCGCGUUUUUCGCAGAUCGGCGACCAGGUGAAGAAGGUGAACGGAGUCGAGUGCAAAGACACGAACGACUUUUUCCGCGCGUUGCGUUACGCCGCGCCGCUCGCCCGCAUCACGUUGAUUCGCGACGAGAAGAAGGCGGAGGAGCUCGAGGCGCGGGUGAACAUUCCCGAAGAUCGGGCGAGAAUUAUUCAGCGUCGCGACGGCUACGUCUACGAGUUGGCCACCCUCGUCUGGGCGCAGAACGGUCCGAAACUCGGGCUCGGCAUCAAACACUUUCAGGUCCGUUUGCUCAUUUUCGAUUUCGACCGCUCUCUUGCAGAACCGUGUGCUCGUGUCGCGUGUCGAUCCGGGCUCGCUCGCCGAAAAGUGUCUGGUGCUCGGCGAUCACUUGUGCGACGUGGACGGAGUGCCGGUGACCGACAAGGACGUGGCGCGCGACUUGCUCGUCAAGAACAUUCAGGAGAAGGGCAGGGUGACGUUCGUCGUCGAGCGCCCCGAUUCGAUCGACGCGAAACAGUGGGCGAGACACGCGCUGGCCGCCAAUGUAAGACGCCAUCUGAAAGUUUUCAUUUGAAAAUCUGCAAUUUUUAUCGAUUUUUCAAUUUUUCAAUCGCCACGGUCUCCCAGGGCGCGAAUGCUAAACACAGUGCGCUCGUAAAUUGCGGAGUGUCGUUGUAACUUUUUUGAAAAUUUGCAGGUCUAAAAAUGCAGUUCAAUUCGAGUUUCUUUCUUUUUGACUUGAAAAACGUCUAGAAAACAAUAUUUUACUGAUUGGAAACCGUUCUUUACAGAAUUUCGAGUUUUUCAUGUUUUUAGCUUCUUUUUCGCAUUUCGCCAAAACUUCAAACCUUUAUAUUUCAGCUCAUUUUGCAUUUCAUGAGCCCAACGAACGAUAAAAAUGUUUGCUGAAUCUUUCUUCACAAAAUUCAGGUUCCGGCGGUUAGUUUUCUUGAGCAGUUUUCGAAAACGAUUCGAAAAACAUCAAAAUCCAGGCCAAAACCUUCAAAUCGAAAUAACUCGGCUAAUUCUCAACGAUAUGUGAGAUUUCUGUUACUAAGACGUAGCUAGUGCUCUAAUUAUUCGAAUCCACGUUCCAAGCGUACAAAAAAAUAGGUGUAUUGUACAGAAAACAUGGAAAGAACGCGAACUCCCGUUGAAAAUUAAUUAGUCGGCCGCCGCGUAAAUCGACACAGCCCGCCUGUUGCAAGUGCGCCCCAUUGAAAUCAUUCGCGCCGUGGGAGACCGUGGCAAGAAAAAGAGAGCAGACUUUUCAAAAUUGGCGAGAAAAGAGCAAAAUCUGGAAAAAAAACUUGAAUUUUCAGCUGCUGCAACCGCCGUCCGUGCAAAUGAACGACGACGUUCGUUUGAUUGCGGCGGCGUACCGCGAGGCGCUUCCGAGCCUGAGACCGCCGACGAAAAGUGCCAUUUCUUCGGGCCAGCCGUCGGGGGGCCGUCGCGUGCACAUCGUCGAGACGUCGGCCACGCACGAGAUCGGACACGACCACGAGGGAAAGCCGCUUCGCAAAGUGAAAUAG